AUGCUCGUCGCUCUGUUCUUGUUGCUCCUGCCCUUGGCUAUGGCUUCGCCCGCGAUGCUGUUUGGGCGCGAUGGGCUCGGGUACGCCGACCCCGCUGACAACGGGGGCAAGCUGUUGACCAUCGCCCAAAAUACCUGGCCUGAGGGUCUCGGUGAACCCCUGAACGCGAUCAUCUCGACCAACUCGGACCCCAGGGUUCUGGUCGACUCGGCAGACAACGGAGGAUUUCUGAAUUACAUGCUCGCUCAAAACUUGGGGGAAGAAUGCUUCGGACAAGCCUUGGGGACACCUCAAGAGGCCAAUCUGGGGGACGGGCAGGGAAACAAGAACGAGGUCCAAGUGUUGAGGUGGAACUAUGGCGAUAUCUACAUUGGGACGUGUAUGGAGACCUUCAAGGGUGGUUUGCAUGCUCGUUACUGGUACCAGAACACUACUGGCGCGAUCUUCCUCGCCGUGUCGGAAGAGAAGGGGCUCGAUUACAACCACGACAUCAUCUACAACGGCUAUAACCUCGGACGAGACUGGUUUGUGGGUAACGCUACCAACCAGGACUCUUUGAUCCCUACCGUGCUCGAGACGGUCAACGGGACGUGGUACUCGGGCGUCACCAAUCAGACGACAUACUCGGGCGACAAGACGUUCAACAACUAUACGUACCACACUGAUGUUCAGUAUGUUAGUGGUCUGUUGCCGAAUAGCAGUGACGGUGUCAAUCACGCCGACAAGAUGUCUGUGCCGGGAAUGCCUGCCGUCGAUGGCUUGGUCGCCGUCCUGACCGUAUCCAUCACAGCGACGCCGCAAGACUUUGCGAACGCCGCCGUAAAACUCGGCAUGCCCGCGCUCGGCCUGCUCAUGACCGCGGUGGCCAUCAUCUUGACCCUGUGA